ACACCUUGACACGCGCAUCUUUAAAGACCGCAACUCCACCUCUUGGCAGAGUUCACGGGGAAGGCCCUCUGCUCGCUCAAGUCCACAACUAUCACUUUGUCAUGGCUAAUAUGGCCCCAAAGGUCUCGAAUGCGGUCGUAGAUCCCAUGUUGGGCUAUAAUCGAAUAAUCUCUCUCUCUUCAGCACCCUCGCAGACAGGGUAUUAUCGCGGUUACAAGUUCAGGUUGACAAAGUGGGUAACGAUCACGGUGAUAAGAACACUCCAAGCCCCCACAAGAGGCUGGAAUCUUACAAGACCCCGUGUAACGUUAACCAGCUUAACACUCACGCCGAAAGGCUUCUUGAACGCCGGCCACAAAUCCCAGACUCGCCAGUCUCACAAGCUAUCAACCAGCUUAUUAAAGGCUGUCAAAUGGCCAUGCAUAGCGCCGCCCUCCUUGCCGACGAAAACCGACAACUACGGUCAGGAAACCUACGGCAAAAGCAGAAAAAAGAACAACGCCGUGAAUACAUUAGCGAAGGCGGGACUCUGUCGGUUGCAGAAGGUACGGCUAGGAUAAGGCGACGGCGAGAAGAAGGAGAAGAGCGGGUUAAGCGACGUCGAGAAGAGGAAGAGGAGCGAGUCAAGCGACGGCGAGUGAAGGAAGAGGAGCGGGCCAAGCGACGGCAAGAAGAAGAGGAGCGGGCCGAGCGACGGCGACAAGAGGACGAAGAGUGUCUCAGGCUACGGCGAGAAAAGGAAGAGGAGUAGACCAAGCGACGGCGAGAAGAAAAGGAGCGGGUCAAACGACGGAUAGAAGAGGAGCAGGAGCUACAGUGGGGGGCCAAAAGUUACGACACAUU